UUUAUUGCUAGGGCUCUUGGAUUUUAGGGUUCUUGAGCAAAAUGUCGUCUGGGCGCUACGACAGGGCGAUCACCGUCUUCUCGCCCGAUGGCCAUCUCUUCCAGGUGGAAUACGCACAGGAGGCCGUGCGCAAGGGCAACGCCGCCGUCGGCGUCCGCGGCACUGACACAAUCGUGCUCGGCGUGGAGAAGAAAUCCACCGCCAAGCUCCAGGACGCGAGGACGGUCCACAAGAUCCUGAGCCUCGACGAGCACGUCGCCCUAGCUUUCGCUGGCCUCACAGCCGACGCCAGGGUCCUGGUGAACCGGGCGAGAGUGGAAUGCCAGAGCCACAGGCUCACGGUGGAAGAUCCAGUCACGGUGGAGUACAUCACACGCUACAUCGCGGGGCUCCAGCAGAAGUACACGCAGAGCGGGGGAGUGCGGCCAUUCGGGAUCUCGACGCUCAUCAUCGGCUUCGAUCCACACACUGGAGCUCCAUCGCUCUACCAGACGGAUCCGUCCGGGACCUUCUCGGCGUGGAAGGCAAACGCGACGGGCAGGAACUCCAACUCGGUGCGCGAGUACCUGGAGAAGAACUACACCGAGACGUCGGGCAUGGACACGGUGAAGCUGGCUGUCCGAGCUCUCCUGGAGGUUGUGGAGAGCGGUGGCAAGAACAUCGAGAUCGCUGUGAUGACCAGACAAGGGCUCAAAUUGCUGGAGGAGCCCGAGAUCGAAGAGAUUGUUAACGGGAUCGAGGCCGAGAAGGCUGCCGCCGAGGCCGCGAAGAAAGGUCCGCCCAGAGAUUCUUAAAGUCUGUGUACUCCCCGGGGUAGGAAAAAAUGGGCACCUUGAACUUUCUCGGCU